GCAUUGCGCGAAAAGAAAAACAUUAUCGUUAUUGCAGGAGCCGGAAUUUCAGCUUCCGCAGGGAUCCCUACCUUCGAAACGGAGUCAAAAAAACGGCGUGAUUUGUUUAGAGCGAGCACAUAUAAUACAGACGCAGGAACGGCGAGUUUCAAUGGGGUGCUGUGCGAUAUGUAUCACUUGAUAGAACGUGCCAGCCCAACUCAGACUCACCUGGUAAUUGCUGCCCUUGCUAAAGAACGCCGACUACUACGCUUAUAUACUCAAAAUAUUGAUGGAAUAGACACGCGACAGCCACUGAUGGAAACCGACAUCCCCUUGCUUCGCAAUGGCCCUUGGCCGCAGACAGUUCAGCUGCACGGGGACUUGAGGACCAUUCAUUGCCUCAAGGAUCCCACUCACUUGGCUCCCUUCCGCCCAGAGCUUUUUGACAAAGGGUCCCAACCAGGCUGCGCUAAGUGCGAAAAACUUGAAGAGGAGAAUGGGGCCAAAAACGAGGACGAAAGAAGAAGAAGGAGAGGAAUUUCCCUCGUAAGACCCAGAAUUUGCCUAUAUGAGGAUGAUCAUUAUAUAGAUAUGGAUGCGAUAAGCAAUGUCCAAGCCGCAGACUACAGAAUGAAGGUUGGUGCGGUCAUCGUGGUGGGAACCGCUCUUAAAGUGCCAGGAGCAAAGCGGUUUACACAGAACAUAUGUCGCAUAGCACGUAACUGUGGUGGAUUCACAGCCUGGAUCAAUCUCAAGCCUCCACCUAAAGAUCUCGACUGCUUGGACCUAGCCAUUAAAGGAGAUUGCGAGACUGUG